UCUCUCUCACCCCCCCAUUCUCGACGCUGACUCGGCCUCUCUGGUGGACUCUGCCUCUGCGUUCUGUGCUCUCCUUCUCGACCCGCACCUUCUCUCCUUUCUCCUCGCUUGGCAUCGCGCCUCGUCCUUCCUCUGUCCGUCCGCCAGGCUUGGCCCUCCACAUUCCGGCGCCGCAAAGGAAGCCUUGCGCGCCCGCCUGCGCGCGCUUCCUCUUGCCCUCUCGCAGCUGCCGCAUCUCUUUUCUUCCUCUCACACACCAUGUCGUCGCCUCUCGCCGCCUUUCUCCAAGCACCCAGCGCAGCGACGCUCUCCGCGCUGCCGCUGGCGCCGCCGCCGCCCGGCUCGGCGGCCGACGCAGCGCCGGCCACGCUACGCGCUGCGCCCGCGGCGCUGCUGGCGUUUGCUCAGGCGCACCCGCUGCUGGCGCCAAGGGCGCUGCAGGCGCUCAAGAUCGUGGGCACGGCAGAAAGCGUGAGGAGUGUCAUGGGCAGCGAGGAGAUCCUCUCGCAGCUGCUGGCAUAUCUUCCGCAGGCACCAGCCGGACCUGCGUCCGGCAGUGCAGGCGCGAGCGGCAGCAGCAGCAGCACAAGCUACUCCGGCGCCGUGUCCACCGCCUUCGGGCGAGCAUUCACCAAGCGGCCCGGCUCGUCGCGCGCAGGGAGCAGCAGCGGCGGCAUGCGCUCCUCGUCGCCGCCCACUACGCCGCUGGAGCAGCACGUUGACGAGUGGGCCGCGGGCGAUGCGGCACUGCGCGUGCUCAACAACGCCCUGUUCCUGCACGAGCCAGCACGCGUGACGUUCGCAGAUGUGGGCGGGGCGGCCAGGGUGACGGAGAUGCUGCGCAACACGAGCAGCACGCCGCCCGAGAUUCUCUUCCUGGGCGCUCGCCUGCUCUUCUUCUGCACGCUCUUCGAGGCGCCCUUCAACCGCGUCGGCGUCGAGGAGCAUGGUCUCGUCGGCGUGCUCGUUGCGCUGCUCAACCACGUCAUCAACACGCACGCCGCGGCGCCUGCACGCGAGAUGGGCCAGCUGCUGAACCUUGCGGGCGAGGCGCUCAAGACGGCAUUCAACCUCGGCCUCUACUACCCACGCCUCGUGCACUCCGAGGUACGGGCGCGCGACGAGAAGGCCGUGGUGGGCGAGGGCUGGGAUCGGGCAUUGGAGACCCUCAUUGAGCCAACUGUGCGACUGCUCGUUGCUGUGCCGCUGCCACCUGGCGCCCAUCUGGGUGUGCCGCACAGCAACGCCAUCGCCGUGCUGCUCAACUGUCCCAUCUCGCCCUACCGUUCCUGGUGGUUCACCGCGCCGCGGCCCCCAGACGAGAAACCUUCGGCAGCGCGACGCAUCGCCACUGCCGUCUUCUCGCGCAACAACAGCAACGCCAACGCCACCUCUUCGCCCGUGCCUUCGUCACCCAGCUCUUCCUCCUCUUCCGUUCCCCUCGCCGGCAACGCUGCAUUCGAGGCACCGCUACUGACGGCGCUGCUAGGCCUCCUCGACGGCGCGCUGGCACGCUUCUUCCCGCGCAUGUCCAAUGCCGUGGCUGCAGAGGACGACGAGGGAGCCGCGCGUCGUCUGGCGCAGUCGGAAGGCUCAGAUGUAGAAGACACGCUGCAGCCGCUUGUGCUGCUGCUGCGCAAGAUUGCCGUCGAGGACGCAGAUGCUCGCGCUGCGCUGCGCGCUCGCAUUCUGCCGCACGACAUCGACCGCACGGUGCCGCUGAACAAGCGCGAAGACCUCACGGGUCGGCUCAUCCGGCGCAUGGCCUCGGUCUUACUGCCGCGCCUCGGACGCGUCUGCGGCGAGCUGUUGCUGGCGAUCUGCGACUCUGAUCCCAAGACAAUGUCGAGCGAGAUCGGCUACGGGCCCUGCGCGGGUUUCCUGAUGCAGGCCAACCUGGCACAUGCGCUGCCCACGUCCGCCGCGCCCCGCACGGCUGCAGCAGGAAGCGGCGAGACACGCGCCGUCAACCCCAUCACGGGCCAGCUGGAGCCCAGCGCUGCAGACUUGGCCGCCGAAGCCAAGGCACUGGCCGCGAUGAGCGAGGAGCAGAAGGAACAAGAGGCCGAACGGCUCUUCACGCUCUUCGACCGCCUCAACAAGACGGGCGUCGUCAACGUCAAGAAUCCGGUGCGCGAGGCGCGCGAGAGUGGCAGGUUUGUGGAGAUCGACGAGAGAGAGGAGGAGCGGAGAAGGAAGGAGGAGGACGAGGAGGAGAAGAGAUUGGAGGAAGAGGUGGAGAGAGAGAUGGGACAGUAUCGAGCUCGGAAGGGACGAGGCUGAGGCGGCAGAGGAAGCAUGUGAUACCCCCGCAAGCCGCGGCUUCUCAUUAUCCAUCUGAUGCGAUGUUGAGACUCCCGUGGUGCUCCUGGCCUGCAGCAUCUGACCGCCGCACGGCCUCACGACCAACAUGGGCAUGCCGGCGGUCUUUGCGCGCUGAACGCGGAGCGUAUGAGAUCCCUGCUUGCCCCGCUUCGCAAGCUGUGCUGCUCUUGCUGCAGCAGCAGAACACACAGCAGCGCCAGCUGUGCCAACGGCUGCUCGGCUGCGCGACGGCAAGGGCGGGAACCGCAGAGCUCUGAGUGGCGUGCGACGCCCUGUAGCAGGUCCGCCAGAUCGCGGGCCGAAGCAAGCUCGCACAGGAGGCAAGCGCAGGAAGCAGCGCCCGCAUUUGCUAGCGUGCUCCUGCGAUGCGUCACUCAUGCGAGAGAACAGAUAUGACCUGGCAUUGACGAAGGAAGAAGCACAAACGAAUCUCUAU